UAAGGUUCCCUAACAUAUGCUGGUGAAAAUGCUGUAUUCACUGCCCCCAUUUACGUCUUUGAUCCUUUGCUGUUUGCCGCGUAAUGCAAUGGUCAGAAGGGACCCAACCCUGAAUAUGUUGUUGCGUCACAAAAUGGAAAGAGGGGGAAAGAGCAUGUGGUCCUUUGGGUUUUGUGUUUCCUGGUGCCUUUCUUUAGGAGGAGAGAAUGAUUGGCAAAAGCUAUAGGCCAAGAUAUUUUGGUAUAUGAAGCCCAUAUACCAUCUAAAAACCACUGAUUUCUAAGCCAAAAAGGAUCUCCAAAUCGACUUUCUAAUGAAUGAGAAAAUGUGAAAAUAUCGUGAUCGGCAAUGUUACUUUUUUGUGCAAGAAUUAUAAAAAGAACCUUUUAUUAUGGAAAUUUCUAAACAGAUAUAAAAAUAGACAGAACAGUAUAAUGAAGCUCUGUAGACUCAUCCCCCAGAUUCAACAGUUUUCAACUUAAGCCUCUACCCAGCACCUCAUUUCAGCAAAUCCCAGGCAUUGUAGCGUUUCAGCCAUAAAUAUUUUGGUAUGUAUAAGAGAUUUUUUUCUAAUGAAACUUUUUUUUGUUUGUUUUAUUUUAUUAUUAUUUUUUUUGGCCACGCUUCGUGGCUUGCAGGAUCUUCGUUCCCCAACCAGGGACUGAACCCCUGCCCUUGGCAGUGAAAGCGCCGAGUCCUAACUACUGGACCGCCAGGGAAUUCCCUUAUUUGGGAAAAAGUUAAAACCGAUAGAAAAGCUCCAAGAAUAUUACAAUGAACUCCCAUAUACCUUUUAUCUAGAUUCACCCACUGAUAACGUUUUUUGUAUUUGCUUUCUCUCUCCAUAUAUACAUAUGUACAUAUAUAUCACGUAAAAUAUGUAAGAAUAUAUACAUAAUUAUUCUUACUCUUAUUUUUUUCUGAACCAUUUGAGAAUAAGUUGCAGGGGUUAUGACUCUACCCCUAAAUACUGCAAAGCGUAUCUCCUAAAAAUAAGAAGCUCUUUUAUAACCACAGUGCAAUGUUUAAGUUUAGAAAAUUAACAUCGGAUACAAUACUGUUAUGUAAUAUUGAGUCGAUGUUCAAAUUUGGCCAAUGAUCCCGAUAUUGUCUUUUAUAGUAAUUUCUUCCCCCAAAGAUGUCAUGUCUCUUUCAUAUCCUUUAAUCUGGAACAGUUUCUCGACAUUUUAUUGCCUUUCAUUGGCUUCAUAGUUUGAAUAGUGUAAGCCCAUUGUUUUGUGGACUAUCCCUGAAUUUGGGUUUGUCUCAGUGUUUCCUUGUGAUUCAGUCCAGGUUAUGCAUAUUUGGCAGGAAUACCACAUGAGUGACGUUGUGCCCUUCUCAGUACAUCGUAUCAGGAGGCACAUGGUGUAGCUCUGUCCCACUAUUGGAGAUGUUAAGUUUGAUCAUUUGGGUAAGGCGAUAAGUUUGUAAUGUGCUUUCCGUGGUGUUUUCUUAUUGGUAAGCGGAAUAACUGUAGGCUGCUUGCCCAGUUUUCCACUAGUGUAUUUUUGGGGAUCGGUAGUUUAAAGAAGCCUCCUUUUAUACAUACUGUUUUUCUCAAGUGAGCCAGCUGUGGUUUUGCACAUGUCCUGCAAAUGCCUGUCUCUGGGAAGAUGGCUAGCCGAGCCCCAGAGAAGAAACUGGUGUCAGCAAAGCACGCAGUUGAAAACUACAUGGGUAGUGAGGUUCUCAGAGGAUGAACGGGGGAAUUGGGUGUGGUCUCACGAGAUCUUUGCCUCAUCCGAGCUCCAGUCCGUGUAUUUCAACCUCCACACUCUCCGGGACUCACCCUUGAUGUUGACAAGUGAAGCUGCGUGUUUACCCCCUCUCCACAGUGCCCUCUUCCUCCUGGCUGCCGCAGGGUGCCUGCCCUUCAACGACUCCCAGUUUGAUCCAGAUGGUUAUUUCUGGGCUAUAAUUCACUUAUUCUGCAUAGGGGCUUAUAAGAUACUACAGAAAUCCCAGAAAUCCAACGCGUUAAGUGACAUUGACCAGCAGUACUUAAACUAUCUAUUCAGCGUGGUGCUCCUGACGUUUGCAUCUCACCCCACAGGUGAUCUCCUCAGCGUCCUGGACUUUCCGUUCCUGUAUUUCUACAGAUUCCAUGGCAGCUGCUGUGCCAGUGGAUUUUUAGGAUUCUUUCUCAUGGUCAGCACAGUGAAGCUAAAAAGCCUUAUGACCCCAGGGCAGUGUGCAGCCUGGAUUUUCUUUGCUAAGGUGAUCACGGCUGGUUUAUCGAUAUUGCUGUUUGAUAUGAUCCUGACCAGGGCCACCAUGGGAUGCCAGCAUCCGGGGCAGGAACCAGAGCAUCAGUGGUACACCUUUCAGUCACUCAUGCACACGAGAGCAACCACUCUAGCCUCCUGCUCGGCGGCCUUGGAGAGGCCUUACUGGUUUUCUCAGAGCGGAAGGGCUCCUAAACACAGAGAAAGUGGACUCCCAGGCUGCAGGUGGAGAACACCGCCCUGGGCUUUGGAGCUCCCUGUCCUGGAGAUAGAAGAAAGCAAGAACGAUGAGACACUGCUGCUCGCUGCAUCGAGGAGAACUUUUUCUGGGGUCUCUGGGCCGCUGCAGAGAGUGGACUGUGUCGAGAGGCUUCCCCAAGUCCUGCUGACUGUGCUGUGAGCCCAGCUGUGCAGAAACAGAUGCAGGAUUUCACCUGUAUGGGGAUGGCUCCGCCCACCUUGAUUGCCACGCAAGCCUCCUUACUACACCCUUCCCAGAUAAGCGUUCACUGCCUGCUAGUGGGCCCAAGGUAUCGCGUUGCCUUUUGGUUUUGUUUUGUGAUUUUACAUCCCUGGAGACUCCUCCGGGGACCCCCUUUCCUUGCUGUCAGGCUGGCUUGCCUAGAACGCACACUCCCCCGCCUAGGGGCACAGAGAGAAUUCCUCAAGCGGGGCUUCCACUGGGGGCGGGGGUGGAGGAGGUAAAUGGGGGUUCUGGGCCAAGUAAGACACCAGCAAGGACACUACUGCUCCAGAGUGUGUGCUGAAGCCUUUUUAUGGUUGUGUGUUGUGUUGAAUUGCACACACCCUUUUUUGCCUACCAUUAGGUUAACUUGGUACUAAUGAUUACCAGAGGGCAUAGGAUUAAUAAGCACUGGUGGAGGAAACACCAAACAAACAUGGCUAUGUAGGGGCUUCCCUGGUGGCGCAGUGGUUGAGAGUCCGCCUGCCGAUGCAGGGGAGGAGCUGGGCCUGUGAGCCAUGGCCGCUGAGCCUGGGCGCCCGGAGCCUGUGCUCCGCAAUGGGAGAGGCCACAACAGUGAGAGACCCGCGUACCGCAAAGAAAACAAAACAAAACAAAACAUAGAUAUGUAAACGCACACACAGUUAUAUUCAUAAGCCAUUUAAUUCCCUGCUAUCUCAGAGGAGGUUUCAGAUCACUGAACACUGAAAUAUAUUUUUCAGGCCAGAUUAAAAAUAGGAUGAAAAC